CAUUGUACUGCUGGUCAGGAGAGGUACCGUGCCAUCACUAGCGCAUACUACCGUGGAGCUGUGGGUGCACUCCUAGUAUAUGACGUAACCCGCCGUGCAACAUUUGAGAACGUAGACCGGUGGUUAAAGGAGCUCAAGAACCACACAGAUCCAAACAUAGUAGUGAUGCUGGUUGGUAACAAAUCCGAUCUCCGCCACUUACUUGCUGUUCCUACAGAAGACGGGAAAUCCUACGCGGAACAAGAAUCGCUCUGCUUCAUGGAAACAUCUGCCCUUGAAGCUACCAAUGUCGAGGACGCAUUUGCAGAGGUGCUGACACAGAUCUAUCGCAUCACAAGCAAGAAGCAAGUAGAAGCUGGUGAAGAUGGGAACGCCUCUGUCCCAAAAGGUGAGAAAAUUGAAGUUAAAAACGAUGUCUCUGCUCUGAAGAAACUCGGGUGCUGCUCAAAUUAA